UUUGCUUGGAUCAAGCUCCGAAGACAUCCCUUCCGUCAAUCUGGUCGCCAUGGCUCGCUUUGGGGCUCGCUUUAAAACGGCGGCCUUGCUGGUGUUGCACGUUGGCCAAUGGCAUGCGGCCGUGGCCCAGGCGGCACAGGCUCAGCCUUGCGCAACGUUGUCCGGCCCUGAAGCCCUAACCUGCCAAUGGAAGGAGGAUUCCGAAAAGUGCAUUCAACAGAAAUGCCAGGAUUGCAGUGGAGAUCAAUGUCUCUCGUGUCAGAAGGACACAAAGCUCAUCAAUGAGUGUUGUAAAGACAACGCCCAAGUAACUGCAAGUCCCAUCCUUUGCAAAAGUGCAGCAUUGGCAGCGAGCAUCAACAGUUGCAUCAACUCAAGAUGUAACGGAUGCGCAGGAGAGCAGUGCCAAGUAUGCAAAGAGGAUGAAAACACAAUCUCAAAAUGUUGCGAAGGGGAUUAUCACAAUGUUGAGCUGCCAGAAAUUUGCGGCCAUGAUGAAUCCCACUCAUGUUCUGGUUUGGCUGGUGAAGAACGCUUGACCUGUUCAUGGGGUGAAGAGGUGAGAAGUUGCAUGAAGACCUUUUGCAGCUGCGACACCGAUGAUGCUACCGAUGCCUGCAAACUUUGCCAAGAAGACAUGGCCCAGAUUUCUAUGUGUUGCGAUCAGCAUCGACAAUCGGCGCACCCACCAAGAAUCUGUACAGAUGCCAUUUUGACCCAGGAUGUGAUGAAUUGCAUUGACACCAGCUGCUCAUCUUGUGAAGGUGAGCGAAGCUGCAAGUUGUGCAAGGAGGAUACUAACCUGGUGAAUCAGUGCUGUAUUGAUCACCAACAUGGCCUAGAUCCUCCGCCAAUGUGUCAACACAUCUCACAAUUAGUCCUUCCAUAAGUGAAGUUGGCUAGGUGCCAAAAGGACAUCAUGGGACAUCAUGGGACAAUGCGGAAAGACUGUCAAGGAACAGUCAUUUUUCGGAAAAAUCGGCAACUCGAGCUUAGCUCAGCCAAGUCCCCCCAGAGACAAAA